AAACUGGCUGGACGCAUUAUCCUUAAAUUAAAAAACAAAGUCAAUUGAUUGCGCGCCUUUUUUCACAGUUUGACAAUUGAGUGUUAACUUUUUGAGUCUAGAUUUUUCAUAUAAUGAUUUAUUAGUAUGUACGGAGUGUCAUUAAAAAUGAUUUAUAUACUCGUUUUGUGGCCGGUUUUGCUCGCAUCGGCUGUGCUGACUCUGACUAUAGACUCUUUGCUGGGAACUUCAAUUGAAGACUGUUUCGAACGUGUUGCGAUUGGAGAGCAAAUCCCGCUGGACGCCAUCUAUCGGAAUGUGUCGGAACUAACAACGAAAGAAUGUGAGCAAAUCUGCAAGCAAGAUAAACAGUGCCAGACUUACGAUUAUGGCGUGGGUGCAAAAGGAAACUCGACAUGCGAUCUUAGCAACGUCAACGAAAAGCAAAUCAAAGAAGAUAAACUUCUCACACGAAAUCCAGACUACGAUGUUUAUGUCAGACGGAUCCAAUGUGAGCAAUCACCGCCCACUCCUAUGGACCAAGAUGUACUCGAAAACAUUCCGUUACACCGGCCAGUUAUUAGACCUGAUGAAGAUAAGCGUCCGUUAGCAGAUGAAUACUAUGAACGUCCCUACGAAGCGGAUAGACAAACCAGACCAUAUGGAAAUCAAGAUAGGCCAGACGAUUAUGAUUCCCGACCGGCUGAGGAUAGACCCCCGAGCUACGGAGCGCAUACUCCACAAAAAAUUCCUUACCGACCACGCCCGGAAAGACCAGACGAUAGACCCCCUAGCUAUGGACUUCAUCGGCCUCAAGAAAUCCCUUAUAGACCAAGACCAGAUGAGAGACCGUCCAAUUAUGGACCACAUAGACCAGAAGGAGUGCAUAGUCCAAGACCUGAAAGGCCGGAUGAUAGGCCCCCAAGUUAUGGACAAAGACCUGAGGAACACUACCGACCAGACAAAAGACCCCCGAGUUAUGGUUUUUAUGAACCAGAGCGAGAUCCUUACCGACCAGAAAGGCCAGAAAGACCAUACAUUAGACCGGACAAUUCAUACGAUAGGCCUCCAAGUUAUGGAUUGCACAGACCACAGGAAACUCCAUAUCGUCCUAUAGAUAAUGUUACUCAGAAACCACGACCAGCUUAUUAUCCUCAAGAGGAAGAUAUUUAUCGACCAAAGCCAGAAACACCCGAAUAUCAAUAUUUCACUCGACCUAAUCGAAGACCUAGCUAUAAUACACCCAUAGAUUCAAAACCAAAUUAUAGCUACAAUAGCCAAUAUGCUAGUAACUAUGGCAGCUCACAAGAUAAUUCAAUCCAUGUAGAAAUAUAUGACCCACCACGAUUUAAGCCUCCUCAAAGGCCCUACCAUGAGUAUAGUCAGGGUUCAUCAGGAUAUGGUCAAGGAUAUGGAUAUCAUCAAACAAGUUCAAGCCAAGGAAACUAUGGACUUCAAGAGAGCUAUAUUUAUGAAAGUAAACCUCAAGCGCAUGGUGGAUAUGGUCCAAAUAAAUUUGACCAAAUAAGCCAUGGUUAUGGAAGCACAACUCGCCGGCCCAUUUCUCAUACUAACAAGCCCCAAGGUGAUAGCGAUAGCUACGGCAUAAGUUCUUCUAGCUAUGGAAGUAGUCAAUCUUCAAGCAGUGCAUAUGGUAGUAGUCAAACGUCUGUUAGUGCUCAAAAUGUGGGGGGUGGUUACGAAAGUUCCGGUACCUCUAGUGGAAGUUCCAUUUCCGGCAAUGGCUAUGGUAGUGCUCAACCUGGUUCUGAAUACGACACUUUAAGCAGUUAUGGAAACCCAAAUACUAAUAGAGUUCCAAACAGACCUUCUUCUAGUAACGAAUACAAUCAAGUCUCUAACUCUCAUAAUCAAAACUCUCCAAGUUAUGGGACAAACGAUAAAUAUGAUGUCAAUAAACCUUAUAACGAACCAUCCUAUGAUCAGAACUCCCUAUUUGGCAGUCAUCUUGGUUAUGGCACACAUCAUUUAUAUGAAAUGUACGGGUUUAGAAAACCCUAUGGAUCCAAACCGCCUCAGAACUCUGGUUAUGAUAAACCAAGUAGUCCUAGCGAAUCCAGUUAUGGGACAAGACCUAAUGAAGAAUCAUAUUCUAUAAGACCUGGUAGUUAUGGAAGUAAACCGUAUACUUCACCGGAUGAUAAUUACGGACAGACUAGUUAUGGGAGUCCAAGCGGCUAUGGCAGCAGCGGGACAAGUGUUGGUUACGGGGGCUCCACAAAUAAACCAAGUCUUCACAGUGAAACCGGAAAUACACCAAACCCUAAUCAAAGACCUAAACCCACUUACGAUAGUUAUGGGGAUAAUAAACCGUAUUAUGAUUCAAAACCGGAUAAUUACGGUUCUAAACCGAGCGUCUAUGCCGAUGAAGGCUAUCAAACAACAAAACCGAAUUACAAUGAAAGACCGGCUUUUAACGAGUCCUUAUCAGGUUACGAUUCAGAUAGACCAGAUAUAAAACCGGUUUAUGAAUUUGAAGAAAAACCAGAUGGUCCAAGUUACAUUUCUAGGCCCGAUGGCAACAUUAUUACUACUAGACCAGUGCUUAUAACCGACUAUGAAAAGCAAGGCUAUGGGCGAAAUCCCGACUGGAGAUUCUCUUACAAGGCGUGCUUUCGUCGUGUCCUGGCUGGGCGGCGCGCCCUUCGUAGCAACGUUAGGCGGGUGGUGGAUUGCGAAAGACUGGAGGACUGCAUGAGGGAGUGUGCCAUCGAGAAACGGUUCCACUGCGAGAGUUUUAACUACAGAUUGGAUCCCAGCUUCCGCGGAAAAGGUCUGUGCGAAUUAAUGACAAAACCCAUAGAAGCUUUCGACUUGCAUCGCGACUUUGUUGACGACAAAAAUUACGAUUUUUAUGAACUGGACAGAAAUAGCCUCGAACCAAAUUGUCCAGAAACAUUAUAUGGUCCAGGCCUUUUGCAUUCUGGUUUUUUAUCGUCCAAACAAAAAGGACAGGAUAGAGUGGACUGGUAUGACGCUGGGUACAGAGGUGUUAGUAGAUAUGAUGAGAGACGAAAGUAUACACAGCACAAAAGAUAUGAAGACGAGUUUUUUGUGCCCUAUCAGAUAGGUGUUGUAAAGGGUGACGAUCGUGAAAAUUGGGGACAAUACGGUGGAAACUACGGGAACUAUGACUCCUACUACAAAAACAGAAACGAUUUCCACAAAUCAUACAACCAUUGGCGAUUAUCGGAUUUCGAUAGACAAUACGGCGUGAAACACAAGGAUUUUGACUACAACACUCUAGGAAAGCACACAGAUCACACGUAUGGUGAAAUCCCAGUUUACCCAAUAGACAAUAAAUUUACAAAUAGCAGGGUCGGACAGUCAGAUGUAGUACAUUAUACAGGAAAAAAGUUUUCGGAUUUUGAUUUUACAACUGAACAUAAGGAUUUUGAUCAUAGUAAAACUGCGGAUUUUAAUCAUAAUAUAGAGAAGCAAUCGGAUUUUGAACAUCAUAUAGGUAAAGAGUACUGGGACUACUUAUCGUGGAAGAGAGGGAGAUGGAAUACGUCAGAAAGUUGGAGCAAGUGGGACGAUGAUAGGGAAAGUGGGGGUUGGGAAGGCAGGAGUGAGGACACGGUGAAGGACUGCUCCUCUCGUCGUAGUCCUGGAAUGUCUCUGGGAUCCGGCGCAGUCCGUCGCUCCCUUUUCGCCAGAACUGUGGUAGAUUGUGAAACCGCUUGCUUUGGUGAACGGGAAUUCAAAUGUGUCUCAUAUAGUUAUAGGUACUCAAGUACACCUGGUUCAGACAACUGUUACCUCAGCGAACGUCCCUACAAGGGCCUGGAUAUGUCAGCAGAUAUUGACUCUGACGUGUAUGCCAUGCCGCAGCAUCAGGGAUGCCACACUGUCAGCACUAAACCUUGGGUUGAGAGCGAAUGUUUUUGGCACGUCCGUUCUGGCUCCGCCGUGUCUGGAACAGCGGUGAAAGCGGCUCUGACCGUGACGGGUUUGGGAGCCUGUGAAGCUGAAUGCAUCAGGGCUCAUAAGUUCUUUUGUAGAGGAUUUAGUUUCAGGUUUGAACCUCCCAUCGGUGAUGACAUAGAGAACUGUAUUCUGACCUCAUCACCCCCAACGUCACUAGAAACGGGGAGGGGACUUCGCCCUUCUAUAGGCCAUGAGCUCUACUCAAGAGGAAACUACGGGCGUGGUUGCGAACCAGCCUUGUAUGAUGAUGUACAGCAUAGAGAAACGCAGUGCUACCUUCAAUACGACAGUUCAGCUCGUCUCACACCCAACGCUGUCCGUGGCCAAGCGCGAGUCGGCAGCGACAGAGCGUGUGGUGAGGCCUGCAACGACGCACCCUUUCGAUGCUUAAGUUUCUCUUUCACAAAUAACGGACCACCAGACACCGAUAACUGUCUGCUAUCUGAAAUCCGACUGUUCGAUCUGCAACGGGGCGUAGAUUAUGAGCACUCAGGCGAUGAUUUGUUGUUUGCGUUCGAUUUGUUUAAUGGACAGUGUUGGAGGAAAGUCUACGCAACGCAUGAGGUACCAACUAUUGAAAUACCGCAUCCAAUGAUUCCUACGAUAGAAGAACACCAUCCUUACAAACCUGUGCCACCUGGACCAGAAUACAUCACGGGCCCCAGUGGCCCCAGUGGUCCCAGCUAUCUAAUCGGACCAGAUUCGAACCCCGAUUAUAAACCCAGCUAUUUACCUAUCAGCGGUCCCAGCAUACCUCUUGGGCCCAGUGGUAUAAGUGGUCCCAGUUCUACUGGACCCAUAGAACCACCGGGGCCCAUAUAUGAACCGUACAAACCGUACAAACCAGAACCGUACAUUCCUAAACCUUAUAAACCUAGUUAUUCCAAUUCUAAACCGCAUUUCGAUAAACCGUCUACUAUUGAGAAACCAGUGAAGCCUUUGACAGCGGGUAGUGAGUUUUCGUCUUGGCGUCAUUAUACCGUAUCCGGUUUCCCGUGCCGUGCAGGAACUACAUGUGCACAGAACCUUAUAGCGGGACACUGGGCCUGUGAGCCCGAAGGGGGAGAGAUUGGAUCUUGGGAUUAUUGUUGUGCGCCGACGCAUCGAUGUGGUUAUAGUGAAGGAUUUAGGAAGCCAUGGUGUUACGUAGGCCAAGACGAAGACCAAUGGCGACCUUGCAGUGAGAAGUACUAUCCUUACCAUCAUCACAAUGUGCCGCACCCAUCUUUGGGUCACAGAGAAGCUAUUCGUCCUCGACCUGAUAGACCAAUCAAUGAUCGUGGACCUGGGCCUUAUCUACCGGAAGGUGACAGGAAAUACUGGAACGAUUUGUACAAAAAUGGUCCUAAAGCAUACUACGAUAAAUAUGGAAAUCCUUUGCCAGGUUACACUCGCGUCCCAACCGAAAGCCGUCCUUAUAUAAAGACUGAAAGAAAUCCGCCAAGAAGUGGCUCUGGUCAGUGGGUCCAGGUGCCAGCGUAUGAUGAUGAACCGCAAGCUGCUGGGCUUGGAGUACCAAGAUACUGGCCCGUUGCCUACUUACACAAAAGCCCACCUCCAAACACCACUUACUUUAGAUUUAAUGAAACUUCUACUACAACUGAGCGACAAGUAUCAACGACAAUUAAACCAGAGUUCCGACACAAGUCCAUUGAAAUCGAGAGUAGAUCGUUAGAAGACAGAACUGAAAAAAGUAGAAUUUCAAAAGAAGACGAUAUAAGUUUCGAAGUAGAAGUAUCUUCUACGACCUAUAAGCCGGAAACUUCAACAACAGAAACUAGUACAACAACAGAGGAAACAAAAUUAAAUAAUACAGAAACAAAAGCCGAUAUAUUCGAAGAUUAUGACUACGCUAAGGGUCUAGAUGGGAAACUCGGCGAUUUUACAUCUAUAGAAGUUUUUAACAUAGAAGACGCAAAGACAGCGGAUAAACAGGAUUUUAAGACUUUGGAAGCUGAGGAAAAGCAAAUUGAAGCAAUUGGACGCUUGUUAGCGUCGAAACGUGGCGGCAAACUGGUUUUGGAUUCGAAAGACUUAGAACCAAAGAACAUAAGGGUCGAUAAAGAUUUUAUGGAAAUCAGCAAUCGAGUCCCAACUAGACGGGGAGUUAUUCAAAGAGUUAGUAAGGAAGAAUUGAAUAAAGAAGUUUCUAGAGUUCUAAAUGAUGGCAGUCUGGAAGUGAGUGAGACUACAUUUGUGAGACCACCCAGAAUUCUAAGUACCACAGAGAAUAUAAGAAAAACCAUGGUUAAUGGUAAAGUGUUUUAUGAUGCAAGUGUACGUGAAGAGAGAGAUAAUAGUAGAAGAGGAAAAAGUCUUCGCGUAGAAACAAAUAUAAAAAAAGACGUUAGAAGAAAUAUUAAUCCGAUUAGAAGAGUUAAGAGAGUAUAUAAAAAGAGAUAUAAUCCAGAAGAGGUUAGAAAGCGUUUGCUAGAAAGAGAGAAGAGUAAAAAUAACACUGAUAUUUAGCUUACUUUUAGAUGGAAUUGAAUGAAAUCUAUUAAUAUUGUUAAAUAUAGAUUAAUAUUCAAAUUAAAUCUCAACCGUUAUAUAACGGUUUUGGGGCCUCAUUACCCGUGUCUUAAUAUAUGUGCAUUUUCUUUCGUGUAGCUUUUAAUUUAAAGGAAUACAUUUGAAGACCACUUGGUCUCUUUACGGCUUCUUCCAGCAAUUUCCCGCGAUUUUGUUUAAACAGCGAUGAUACCAACUUUGAAUCACUAUAUGGAAGUGUCAGAGUACAUAGGAAGUCCCCAUUGGCAUUCUUUGAUAUAUUAAUAUUAUAUAGCAUAUAUCAUAUACCAUUCUAAAUUAAUUAUACUUUUAAUUAAAGAGAUGAAUAGUUUCGUUAGUCUUCCUCUGGAGAUAUUUUAGUGAUCAACGUUUAUCACGAGAGCAAUUUUACGACUGAUUCGAGGUAAUUCGAUGCGUGUAAUGUUCCAUUCGAAAGUUAAAUGAUGAUUGCGAGUAAUUUUAGGCAGUAAAUCUAUAAAAUAUUGUGGAAAUUACAUUCUCAAAUAGUUUCACCUCGUUAUAAGUGUAUUUAUAUGGUUUUAUUGAACUAUUUUUAAAAACGCAUGUCGAAAUCCUAAAGUUAUAUAUUUUGAAGUUAAAAUUUUAAAUAUUUAAGGAU